AUGUCACUGGUCGCGUCGGAAUCGUUGCAGACGUUCUCGAAGCCGUUGAAAUCGACGUCGGCGCCGUCGAAAUCGUAUGUAUUGUCGCUGGCAUCUCUGCCGUCAUGUUACGCUGCAUCCACCUCCGCACCGUCGAACACCAUACACCUGUAUGAUACGUCCGAUCUUCGAGUUAUCGCCACUCUCGGUGGUCAUGAAGAAGGGGUUACGUCCCUUCGAGCGGUGGACACUGUAGGCGGUAAAAACGUCCGUAGGCUGAUUUCCUCCGGGAGAGACGGGACUGUCAAAGUAUGGGAUGAACGGACUGGCUCGGUGGGCAUUCAAAUGCAAUCCGCUGGGAGGGGACGGGCUUUGCUGUGUUGUGAUGUAUCCUCGGACGGGGUCACUGUUGUAGCCGGGACGGACUUGCAAGGAGAAGACGCGCUUUUGCAAUACUGGGACCCACGGUUCCCAGUUGUACCCCUUCGCAGCCAUUCCUCGACGCACUCGGACGAUAUCACCGCGCUGCACUUCAGGCAUGAACGUAGCCCGGGAGAACACAAAAAUAUGCUACUCUCCGUAUCUUCGGAUGGUUUGGUGUGCACCUCAGAUGCGGAUGAACCAGACGAAGACGAAGCGGUUCUGCAUGUUGGUAAUUGGGGCUGCAGUAUAGCUCAAGCGGGCUGGAUGUCGCCUGGCAGUAACGGCAGUGCUGCGGCUUGGGCCAGUAGCGAUAUGGAGACAUUCAGCGUCUGGUCAAAUGAGAUGGACCUCGUGCAGGAUCUGGACAUCCGAAGUCCUUCGAUCCAUACUCCUCAGUUAACAUGGGUGACAGACUAUCUCAUCGGGUGCCAUCGCUCCGUGAGGGAUCUGCACCUCUUCGUCGGCUCAAACGAAGGCGACAUCGCAUUGAUAAAUAGCAGCGACUUGUCCUCGGCGGGUGCACCUUGGCGGACACGCGCUGUGUGGUCGGCUGGGCAUGUUGGGGUCGUCCGAUCUCAUCUUUGGGAUGAAAGAAAUAACGUCCUCUUGACUGGAGGUGAAGACUCGAAACUCAAUAUGUGGCCCGGGCCGCCAGUUGAGGCACUACAACCGGAUGAGGGCAUGAACAUCGACUCGCCACCGCGGAAGCGGGAUUACGAUGUUGAGAUGGACGACGGGAGCGAGACGCUCGAUCAUGUAUGUUCUGAUUUCUCAUCGAACCCUUGGGAGCUCUUCUGA